AUGAUCCAACCAGUUCUCAAAGAAGAUCGGUGUCCUGUCUAUGCUGUUACAACAGAUGGAAAACCCAUCUACACCUAUAAAAUAGAUGGCCACUUCAUUUGGGAUGUUGAUCCAACAAGAUGUGACCCAGAUUGUGACUGCUGGAUGCACGACAAUGAUAUUGAACGAGAUAUCAUUCUUCCCAAAACAAAGAAAAAGGGAAGGUGUAAACCCUCGCCACCUCCUCAAAGAAGACCUGAUCCAGAUAAUGGUCCAUGGGUAGGAAUCCAUAGAAAAAAGAAACCCCUCUGUAUCUACGAGGAAGGACUUAAAAUCCUCAGGAAAGAAGGAUUGUUACCUCCGGAUGAUCCGACUCUUAUUACAUGGUCACCAACAGACCAUUGUAAACCGCUACAUCCUCCAGAUGUUGCUCAGCCAAUUCCUUGCUUUAUGUAUUCAACCAAAACUUCAGAGUACGACCGACAAUUUCCUGCUUCAGAAAGAAAAAUGGAUCCAAUCACAGGCAGAACAUCCAAACCCUUUAUUCAUCCGAGUGAAGUCCAGCCCUAUGGGAAGCUUAAAACUUUAACUCAGGCUGAGGAAGUUUUGAAUUGGCAAUCUGAAAACAUGGUUUCUCAAAAUGAAAUUCUUCAAAACCUUGACAAAAAGGUAGAUAAGAUUGCUGAAAAAAUAGACGAGACAGGUGAAGAUCUCAAGGUUUUAUCCCAAAAAAUGCAGAAACAUUACAGAAGCUUGAAAGCCUAA